AUGGGUGCACAGGAGAGCGUCCUGCAGAUGGAGGAGCGCCAGGCCGCCGACCCUGAUGGCAAGUGGCUUGUUGGCUCGCUCACACCGAAGUCCGAGUCAGCCAAAAACAAUGCUGUCAACUUUGGCUUCAAUGAUUCCCUGCAGCAAGAUCCGGCUUCAGCACGGGUUUUCGCACACUCCUUGGCAUCGGGUACUUUCAAGGAUGAAUUUGUUGUGCAGCUGAAAGGUGUUGCCGACGUUCAAUUCUGGCAAGGUGUUCGGUGCAGGUCAGAUUUCGAACAGUUGCAUGAGGAGCUGGGACGAGAACAUGGCGGGGAAAUCAUACAGCCUCUUCCCAACCGCACAGCCGAAUACUUCAAGAUGCAGCCAGUGGUCUGGAGCGUCUACAUGCACGAAAGCAGUGUGGGCUUGGAGGACUGGCUGAACCAAGUCAUUGACGCAGGCUUUGGCCGCGCAGGGUCUUUCAAGAGGUUUCUAUCGAACCAAGCGACCCAAGGGCCCACAGGCAUCCAUGGCUGGGACAGUGCCUCGCACAUGAUUUUGUCCUUGCCGAUGCUGGACGAUGUCAUCAACUUUUUGGAGGAGCCCCUCGAUGUGGCUCACUUGUGCGAGCUUUCGUCGAAAACAAUUUUCGAGAACGGCAAGCUCUUCUGUCCCACGCAGUGGGAACGCAUGUAUGCUGAGCGUUGGCCGGCAUUCCAUGAAGCCCAGUGCCAUAUGUCAGAAGUAACUCACAUGAAAACGGAUUGGAAGUCUGUGUACCGCCACACCUGUUCUGGAAAAUAUGAAGCAUUGUUGGAGGUGUACGACCGGGAGAAGAAGCUCGGAUUUGCUAUGUCCUGCAUGUUGGCCAAGGUCAGCUGGGACGCCAACAUCAAUUGCUACAUUACCAGCUACGUGAGCGCCAGCCAGGUGCUUCCGGAGAAGAUCCCAUACCACGAAGGGCACAGGCUGCGAUUCUGCAGGCCCUCGGUGCGCGAAGAACUGAAACCUGAGCUCAUGCCGCCGCUGGCGCCGGAAGUGUAUGGCUAUCGUGUUCUUCACGAUGUGCCCGACCUCAAAGUGGGCCAGGGCUUGGAACUCCAGUGGAAGAUGCAGCAAGGCAGCCCUUUCGGCUGGUGGUUCGGCAUUGUGGAGUCUGUUGUGCGGGACCCCAACAGCACGAAGGCAAUCGUCACCAUGACUUUUGAUCAUUUCCCGGCCACUUCCCGGUGGCGCCGUUUACAGAUCACUGUAGGAGAUGGUGCAACGCGGCCAUGCGCCAUAGGAGGUUGGCAUGGCGGUGUUCGAGCAGUGAGCCCAUCGGAGAAGAAAGAAUGGGCAAAAUUCUUUCCAAAGGUGUUGCUGCUGGCUGGUUUGAUCCAAGAUCUUACCGAGCUAGCAAGCGGCAGUAAAACCUUGUAUAGCAUCCAAGACUCGCACGUUACGCCAGGUCUGGCCGGCGUGGAUAUGGAAGCAAACUCCCUCCUGGAGGGCUGGCUCCGGAAACUUUGCAAGGUGCCCAGUGCCUUGAACGUGUCUUCGGCUAGGGAUCUGGCCUUGACUUCCGAAUUGGUCCGAGUCUAUUCCGCUGGGGCAAAGUCCACGUAUACAGAAGACGAGUUGGAACGUUGGCCGGACCUGCACGAGGGCAUUGCAAAGCGUGAUGUGGAGGGGAAGCGCUCCGACCUCGGUGCAACUUUUGGCGGGACGGGGCUCGGCAAAGCGAUGCCAAUCCAACGCCCAAUGUCGAGCAUGUCCUGCAUCGGGGACCGGGUCACCGACGAACCGGUCCUCUACAAAGGCGAUGUGAGCCUUCGCGACCUGAGGAAGUUUGACCUCCCAGUCAGGCGUCUCAUUGCUUCGACUGGGGCUCUGACUGCCCGGGAGCUGCACAAAGCCAGUCGCACGGAUGAGGAGCUGUUCCAGCCGCUCAAUAAGGUUCGAGCAUGUGAAGGGCUCGCGUCCAGCAAGGGCAAUGGACUCUUCGCCAAGCGGUCCCUUCUUGAGGAUGAGUUGCUCUUCGAAGAGGAUCCGGUUUGUGGCAUGGCCAUGCUGAUGUUUGACGACGCCUCGUCAGAGGGAUUCUGUCAGCAUUGCUUAGUGUGGCUGCGCGAAGAUUCGGGGAAGGUGUUUUGUCCCCGGAAGUGCGGAGCACCGUACUGCAGCCAUUCGUGCCGCGACGCAGCUCAUUGGGCUUACCACGAUGUGCUGUGCCCUGCCGCCAACCCCAGAUGGGCCGAAUAUGUGCAGCGAGCGCAGGAGUGUGGCAACGAAUAUUACGUAUUGGCAGCUCGAGCACUCGCGAGUUUGCGGAACUGCGUCCCUGUCCCUGUACCCCAGGGCGAUGCAUGGCAGCAGACGCCUUGGCUGGGAUACGCGGCACCGCCCUGGUGGCAGACAAUGAAGCGUCCAGUGUAUGACACGGACGACGAGUCUGACACCGCCGCCAGCACCUCCGAGGACUUGGAUUCGGAAGCCAAUGCUUCCCUGGAUCGUUUCUUCCAGUCUGCGGUGCGCACACAGACCUCCGAGAUGGCGGAAGAGCUCUCGGCAGUUCUGUCGGGGUCGAGUGCUGCAAUCGCAUCGUUGUUAGCUGGACCAGAGGCCCUGGGUCGAUUGAUGGGGCUUGUGAGGGUGAAUUCUAUGGCCGUCCAGUCACAGAGCUAUGAAGAUUCUGAAGAUGGACUGGCCAAGGGCAUGGCCAUCUACCCUGUCACGUCCGCCAUGAACCACGAUGUAGAGUCGAACUGCUAUGUUGCAAGCAAUCCGCUCGAGCCCCAGCGAUGCUAUGUGCGAACACGACGGCCGGUGGCUGCGGGCGAGGAGGAGCGCGAGAUGAAAGUCAUCCUCCAGCUGAUCAGCGAGAAGGCAGCGCAGAAGUUCAAUUCCAUUCGCAGUGCCCUGCGGCAUUUGGAUGCCGACUGCGACGGAAACGUGGACCGUAGUGAGGACACAGAGCCAAUCAUGCAUGCUGAGACGGAAGGCUUUUGGAUGUUCGCAGCUGAAGUUUCUGUGACCUGCUUGAGGUACUCCCGGAUGACGACACGUGCUGCUGCCCGUCAAGCAGUGCGCUCUCAGUAUUUCUUCGUAGCGAACGACGAGGAAGCCUUUUCUGUCUUCGGGAGGCAAGAAGUGCAGGACAUCAAUACCAUCCGUCAAGUGACAGAUGUGGGAUACCUGGUCUUCUUCUUGCUGGUCCUCUUGCUCAUGGCUAAGCUUGACGCCGAUGCAGUGUCCAAGGGAAAUGUCUUGAGACUCUCAGAGCCGAUUGACUUUAAGGGUCGGCUCUGUGGCUACGAUGAGGAGGUGAAAGACAAGCCUCUGGGCUACCAUCCGAACCCGUUCAACGACAUGGUCAUUUGCGUUUCGGCCUGCCCGCAGACGGCCACCGAUGGCACUUUCACCUUGCCCGAUGGCCCCAUGGGGAAGGAGCACACCCGGCCAGCCUACCCGACGGACAAUAUCUAUGGUCAGCUGUGCUUGCCCUUAGAUCUGGAGCUUGCGCGCCUCAUUAUCUCUGUCAAGAGUGUCCAGACGGAGAUGUACAAAGCCCUAGGAGUGAUCUUCACAUCCUCAGACGGCAUUUUGGUUGUGCUUGCGGUCCCUUUCGUGACAUCCUUCAUCUACUUGAUCGCUCUUUACUAUAUCCCCACUGCUGCUACCACCUUGGCCUUCUCCAUCACGGCCGUCACUUUGGCCUUGGUCGGAGUGCUCAUGGAUCUUGACCUGAGUGUCAUGAAGGGCAUCGACCUCUUCAAGGAGACGCACCCCCUGAUGCUGAUGGCCUUCCCCUACUUCCGAACCUGCUGCUACCUCUCCAGCUUCUUAUUUUUCCUGGUCCUAGGUGCAACGAUUUCAGCCAUGGUGCGGGCGCAUGCUGUAUUCCGAGAAUGUGUGGCUGCAAUCUUUGAUCCGAAUGUCCUGGUCACCGUUUUCACGAGUGUGGCGCUGUCUGUCAUUCGCAUUGGGUUCAUCCUCUACGUGUGCAGGCGCCUAGCGCUGCUCAUGAGCAUCGUGGAGCCCUACCAGGUUGAGCUCCAGCUCUUCGGUGAGGUGCAUUUCGUGGAGAGGACGGCCUGGUCCCCGUUCUUCUUGUGGGGCGUCUUCUUCUAUGUCUUCGGAACUUUUUGGAUUCUGGAGUUCCUGUCCUUCAGCAACAAGUUCAUCACGGCGCAGAUCCUCUGCGCCAACUACUUCCACCUCAAAGCCCGGAACCUUCAGAUGCAGGAGAUUGGCAGCGGGAGGCCCGCCCCCAUCCGCUACGCCCUCUACUCCAUGUUCCGAUUUCAUUUGGGCAGCAUCGCUCGGGCCGCUCUGAUGUCGGCUCCAUGCCGGUUUCUUCGUGGCGUGAUACAGGUCUUCGUGCCAGACAGGCCAAACUUGGACAAGUCCUUGAACCAGCAAUACCGUAUUGCCUUCUACCUCUUUUGGCCCUUGAUUCAGAUUGACCUGUACAUCCUUCGCUUUUACAAAGACAGCGUGCUCGUGAUGCUGGCGUUGAAGGGCUUCAAGUACAUGGAUUCUGCCAGACGGGUGGAAGGCUUGCUGAAUCGGUCUCGGGGGAAGAUCCCUCACCUCACGAAGUUCACUUCCAGGAUUGAGGCCUUUCUGAAGGGCAGCAUGGGCUUCACGAGCAUGGUUUGGGCUUUCUUCCUCUUUCGGGAGCCACGGCAGGGCGCGUACCACCAGGUGGAAACUCUGAGCAUGAAGUCAUCCAUCACCCAAGUAUGGGUUACUCCGGAGCAUUCACCUCUUCUGGCGAUGCCAGUGCUCUUGAUGUUUGGCCUGUGGGUUGGUGAUGGCAUGCUGCAUCUGGUGACGAUGUCCUCGAACGCCUUAACGAUCUGCUACUGCAUUGACGUGGAGAUGGUGGGUGGUACCGAAACCGAUGCCCUCUACGCCCCAGCCGGCCUCAAGCUGGUCUAUCGAGACUUGGGCGGAGGCGAGUCCGAGCGCGAGCUUGCAGAGCUGAUGGCAAACAAUGCCAUCAUGCAGUAA